CCUGAAGAUGACCAAGCGAAAACCUCACUCCUUACCUUUGUCUCUUUUGAAACCUUAUUUUAGAAAACCAAUUCAUAUUGCAUCAAAGGAACUUUCAGUCUCUUGUAGCUUGCUUCGAAACUCUUUAAAAAGCUAUGGCAUACAGAAAUGGCCCUACAGAUAUUUUCAAAGACUUGAUAGGGCCAUAGCCUUUUUGAAAAACAUGGAAAUAGAGCAAAGGAAACACAAAAACGAAAUGGGUGUUAAUGUAAAGAGAAUCAACGGCAUAAGAAGAAUGACAGAGGUAUUCAUUCAAAAGAGAGAAGAGCUAGAGUACCAUCCGGAACUACUUAGCAUAAGAGAACAGGAAGAAUUGGAGACAACUCCACAAAAGAUAGAGUUUUUAAUCUCCAAUUCGCUAGAAGCUUCAGUAGAAGAUGCAAGCUCAGAUAGCAAGUCUACGCAACGGAAGACGGAGGGGGGAAAAUGCCAUGCAUUCAAUACAGGUUCUAAAUAUUAUACAUUAGACUUUGAAAACUUCGAAAAUUUUCAAACAUUCAAUCCUGACAAAGAUAUAAGCUCUUAUAUAUCACGAGUAGAGAGCAAAAAAGAUGAAUGCAACCUAAAUUUUCAAAAGCAACAACGAAUGGAGGACCCUUGUCGUACAUUUGCUGAGUUUUUGAUCAAAUUGGGAGAAGAAGGGAUACGUAACUUGCAACCUUCUACUAUAUUGGACCUUGCAAAGACUUAUUAUUCAGAGUCAUUGAGACUUGAAGGUGUAAAUUGUCAAAUUUAAGAUUUCCAUGAGUAGUUUUACUGAACCAAAUAGAAACUUUGAUAAUAUUCUUUCUUGGUUUGUUCAGUAAUAGCAGUACUGUCUGUAACACCGGUGGAUAAAAGAAUGUUUAUACGU